ACUACAAUCUGUUCAGGGACCAAGAAGAAACACUGACUUCCGGAUAAAUAAACGAUUGACAAGUGAAUUUUCAAGAACGAUUCGUAUUGACAAGACUUUGAACGGUUUUGGAUCACAGUUGUCAUUAACCUAUAUUUGAGUGAAUAUGAAUUCGCUUGUGGGAUACGGGGUUUCAUCCGAGUCAGAGGAUGAAGAGAAUGGAGAAGACAAUCAGAAGGAGUCCUUCAAAAAGACGGAUUGUGCUGUAGAGGAGGCAAAAAGCCGUAAUUUCCUGUUGGAGUCUGCAUCACCUUCCAGUGAGUCUGAAUCUGGUCCAGAGAAUGAAGAUCAAGAGGAGGCGCCUACUGCCAACCGCUCCUUUUCCAAGUCCUUGCUGACCCCAUCAGUGCGUCCUCACACUCACAAGCUCCCGCCUCCACCUCUGGGAGGCUCCAGCUCGGGUGGAGCGCUUACAGGCAGCAGUGUGUUUGCUAACCCCUUCAAGGAAAUGGCUGAGGAAAGACUGAAUGUCCUGCAGAAACAUGUACCUCUUACUUUACAAGCUCGCCCCACCCAGAUCGGCGGUAAGCGCAUUUGUGUGGCCUACAGGAAGGAUGGUCGCUGCCGCUUUGGAAGCCGCUGCAAGUUCGCACAUGACAGCGAUCUGCAGAGUAACUGUGUGGUCACCUCUGAUAAUGGACCAAAGGAUGAUGCCAAUAAUGCAGGUUCACACAGUCAUGAUCCGCUGGCUUCUUGUGUGGAAGACACAGAGACAGACGGAGAGAAAGACAAUGAACAGCGAAAGAAAAGAAGAGUGGGGGUGAAUGAUUCUCUCAUUCCACCAAAACGUGCACUCAAGCAGUAUGCCAGACUCUCACACCCCUAAAGACAUUAUAACGCUCAUAAAGUGGGCAACAACUCAUUUUUAUGUGAAAAACACUCACAAUGCUGUGCGUGUUAUAUUUAUUGAAUUAAUAUGCUACUAAUUACAUUAUCAGUCUGUAAAAUGUGUAACAGACUUUUUCCAGAGGAGACAAAUGGCGAUGUGGUCAAUACAAAAAGAGACACUCUGCAAAACAUAUGUAAGUAAUAGAUGUCAUAGUUAAAAUGGCAUUUAUUUGGGUCUGUAGUUUCCAAAAAAACCUUUUUAUCUUACAUUAGUUGAACUCUUAAGGUUUUGAAACAAUAAAUCUAAAUACUCAUACAUGUUGGUUGCCUUUAAAAAAAUAUACUGUAGUGCACUGUAUAUGGUCAAUGUAUGUUCAAAGAUGAGUUUCCCUUUUUCACUUGAGCUAUUAUGGUUUAUUUCUACUAGGGAUGCACAAUAUAUUGGUGUAGUAUCUGUUACCGGUCAUAGUUUUUUUCCCCUAUAAAAUUGGCAUGUUGAAAUAAGGUAUACACUUACUGUGCAUUCAAAAGUUUGGAGUCAGUAAGUUUUUUUUGUUUUGUUUUAUUCAGUAAGGAUGCUUUAAAUUGAUCAACAGUGAAAAUAAAGACAUUUAUAAAUAAUGUUACAGUUUAAAUAUUUAAAAAAAUAUAUUUUAAAUAUUUUUUUGAAAGUUUAUAUUUCAAAUAAAUGCUGUUCUUUUAAACUUA